AUGGUUACUUCUUCCAGCUCUUCUGGAAUUGAUCCACAAGUCACCAAAGAGGAUGCUCGCAAAAUUAGAUCAUUGGUUAAGUCGUCAUCGCACCAAACUAUUCAAGAAAGCUUUGAGGAUUCAGAACACUCCCAGACAUUAAUGGAUAUUGAAAGUAGUGACCCAGACUACAUUGAACCUUCAGAUGAACCAUUAACAAAUCUUUUAGAGAUGGUGGAAAGACAAAAAAAUUCCUACAGAGAGCGAAUGAACCAACUCCAUGCUAAUUGGAAACAUCUGAUACCUAGUGUGAUAAACUUCGACAUACAAAAUCAAACCAUGUCAUUUGCUGACACAUGUAAAUUUUGUGAAGAGCCUGCAACCAUUCGUUGUCUAGAAUGUGGCGGUACCACCUUUUGUGUUUCUCAUGCAAAUGAAUAUCAUGGCUCGGCAAAUUGGUAUCAUUUUUUCGAGCAAUGGAGGAAUACCGAAUAUGGCAGUCUCUUUGUAGAAUAUGAUCGUGGUACAAUUGUUCUUCCAAAGCAGUGUUUAUGCUCGGCAACUUUUUUUGAUGCAAAAAAAAUAAUUGUUCAAACACUUUAUGGUCAGCAACAUGUUGUUAUAGAAGUAUGCACCUGUACUGAUUUUAUCACAACCUUGCUACACAAUAAGCUUUGGCCAGCAACGCCGGUGUCUCCUGAAUUGGCCUUCACAUAUGAUGUAAUGCAAGUCUAUUCUAAGUUAAAGCAUUACUGCGCUGUUAAUGCGAAAGACUUCUGUAGGAUGUUAAGAACAACAGCACGUAAUACAACCAAUUACGCUUCUACUGACGUUUACAGGCGGUUCUUUAUUGCAUCCCGGCUUUUUGACUUUAAAGAGCAUUCAAUAAAACAUUGGCUAUUUUUACCCGAACGUCUUAGAGAGUUCACUGCAGAAGAAGUUGGUUUGACAGGAAAGACUGUGUGUCCAGCAUGUUUUAAAAACGAGAAUGGGAGAUAUUUUGCAAUGGCGGACGUGUGUUUUGGUUGCAAUCAGAAAGCCUCCCAGGGUACAGAAUUGCGGGAAACACUUUAUGAUAACAGACAGGUUUCCCAAAAAGAAACGGACAAUUUUGUGAUGCAAGCGGACAAAGAUAAAAAGCCAAAUGAAGAUUGUCACCACAAGGCAGGAAGGGACGAGAGUCGGGUCAGCAAAGUAAAAGGGUUAAAUUAUACUGGCUUAGCUGCAUCUAUCUGCCGUCAUGAAAUACCAGACAUGUUUUUACAUCUGCGACAUGGUGAAAGGUUUGCAUAUAUCGAACUUCUUUUAAAGAAAAUAAAAGAGAGAAGUUGGAUAAGCACGCUGCAUUGGAUGUAUGACGUUAAUUGUACCUUUUUGCGGUCUUUAAAGGCAAACAACAAAACUAAUCUGGUACCGGAAUAUAACGCCAUUAUGGUGUAUCAUGCAACAGGUCAUAAAUUACAAUGUCAAUUGGAAUACCACCCAGAAAAAAUUUCUGGAUUUGGAAUGACAGAUGGAGAGGGGACCGAAAGACUUAACUGGAAGUUGCAGCCCUUUUUUACGUCAUUAAAGGAGAUGACUCCAACGAAUCACUCAGAUGGUCUUUCCGAAAUCUGCGAAUUUAUCGCUCAACAGGUGGUUCAUAAAAUCGGUGAUGUUUUACUUGAUCGAUUUAACAAGGCGAAGGAGCAGCUUAGAGAAUCUAAGGAAAUGUUGACGACAACCAGGCUAUCAAUUCCAAAUGGACAAACCGUCUUAACAAACGAAAACAUCAAGCAGUGGAAAGUCGCGCAUAAGAGAGCCAUACUGCAUGAUAAGAAGAAAGGAAAACGACGUACGGCGGCCAACCAAGAAGAUUUAAAAAUACAGUACUUCGGAUACUUGUGGUCUUAUAAAGCCGCCAGGUCAGCUAUUACUGCUUCGGAUAAUAUAGAAGUAGAACAAGAGCUACAACAACAACGGCAGAGAGCCCACGCUGCUAUGCUAAAACUCGAAAAAAAGCAUCUUGAGUUAUCAAGGUGGUCGGAGGACACGGAGGAAUACAAAAAUGCGGCCAAACUCUACUUUGAACAUAAGAAAAAAGAACAACUCUCGAUUGUUCAAAGUUGGGCCUCAGAAUACAAGUAUUAUAAAUACUUGUUGACAAAAAGCGGACAUAUUGGGUAUAAGCGAGCCAAAAAAACUACUCAAGCGACAUCGAAAGCUGCUAGCAAGUUAAACGAAAGUAUUUUGGCAUACAACAAUCUUUCAGAGCAGUCAGCGCUUUUUGAAGAUUCUACAUCCGCGAUUCAGUCGCUGACUAUGAAAGACGUUAUCGCCUCCGACUGCUGGAUUUGGCAACACUUUGACGGACUGCAGACAGCCGGAAACAUACAAUCGAGCACUCAGUGGGAGGUCAUUUGCGUUAAAGACAAAUUUGAUAGGUCUCUCGAGGAACUAGGGUUUUUGCGAGAAGAAAUACAAAAUGUCGAGAUUUUCUGGAAGAAACACCUUGCAUGGAUUAGACAAACCCUAUCUUCUCUGUCGAACAAUUGUGACCUCAUUACAGACAGUUAUAGAGCAUUAUUGAUUGCUGAAUACCAGCGUACAAACAAGAAACUGAAUGAUUACGCUCUGAAAUUUGCUAAUGCAUUGAAUGAGAUUACAAUGCUGGUGGAGCAGAACAAAGAUGAGAUGAUGACAGAGUAG